AUGGCUAGCCAAAUAUCUGGUACCAUAGCAUCUAGUGGGGUGUGCUAUAAUGAUAAACACAGAAUGACGUGUAAGCUGAAAGCACUACGCUGUGUAGCAUCGAAUUGUUUACCACAAGAGGUAGAGGUAAGGAAGUGGAUGAACGGAUAUCAUAUCAUCAGGUCCUUUCCAAACGAUAGGCAUUGGAAAACGAAUGCGAAGUCCAAUGGUUACCUACUCCAACAAGGUCUGAAUGUUCGGUGCCAUUCUUAUGGUUCUCGUAGUGGCAGUGAAACUACAGAGUGCAAUAUUCCUGAAGAUGGCAACAAUCCUUACAGGGAUUUUGAUGAGCAAACAAGAGGAAUGUCACAUUUUUCAGAUAGUCAAGUUGCAGCUCAGGAAAAAACACUAUAUUCUACUCAAGGGCUGUCUGAAGCGUGCCAAUUUGUCUACAAUGAUGCAAAGUUUGUGAAUGAAAGAGCUCAGAGUGAUAUUCUUUUGCUUUCACGUGGCAUCACAAGGUUGAACAAACGUGCAUCUAAGGAUGUUGCUGUAUUAGGGUUGGGGUUUCUCAAGCUUGAUGAUUGCCUGAAAGCUCGUGCAAGGAAGGACACCCGAAAGAUUGAUAACAGUGUGAAGGAACGGGCAGCCCACCUAACCAAUUUUGCUAGAAUAUUGAAGGAGCGAGCUCAUUCAGACUUGAAGAAAGCAGCAGAUCAACAUUGGAGUGAUGGUGCUUUGGAGGCAGAUCUGCGACGAGCUGACAUGGUUGUUCGACGACGUGCCAUGGAGGAUGCUUUCAUGGCUUUAAAGUUUGUUCGGGAUAUUCAUGACAUGAUGGCAACCAAACUACAAUAUCAGUUCAUCACACUGGAGAAAAAUGGGAAGAUUCUUAAGUUGUUCCCUCGUGAAGUUUCUACUGAUCAAAUCGCUGCCAUAGAGGAUGCAUAUCUUAAUAUGGCAUCUGCCUUAUCUGAGGCUGAUGGUAUCGACUACACCAAUCCUGAGGAGCUUGAAUUAUUAGUAGCGGCUCUUAUUGACCUGGAUGCUAUGGAUGGGAAAAAGAGUGUUUCCUUGAUAGUUGAAUGUUCAAGUUCUCCAGAUGUUAAUACCAGGAAAGCUUUGGCUAAUGCAUUGGCUGCAGCUCCAUCCAUGUGGACCCUAGGGAAUGCUGGGAUGGGCGCAUUACAGAGAUUGGCUCAAGAUUCCAAUCCCGCUGUAGCUAGCUCUGCAGCAAGAGCCAUUGGCGAACUCAGAAAGCAGUGGGAGCUUGAAGAGGGUGACAGUCUGAGGUUUGUCAUGAACCAAAACUUGAUUUCCGAAGAGACUGACAGCGAGAGUUGA